CCCCGGGGAUCGCGCCCCGACGGCGGGCCAGCGGCUGAGGGCGAUCUCGGGAGGGCGCGAGCAAAACGCCCCCAGGCAACCGUCGCUGGGAAAGGCGGAGCGCGGGGUGGCUUUCCGUGCGCGGGUCCAGCAGGACCGUCUGCGCUUGCAGUCUCCAUUCGCGAUCGGGGUUGAUGCAACUUUUGCAGACCUGUCCCGAGAGGCUGCAGGAGGGGGUGGAAAACACACCUACCCACCCCUCUCUCCUGGGCAAGGAGAUUUCUUUCUUUUAAUUUUCUGGGUGAGGUUGGGCUCUUCUCUGUCUCCAAAUCGUGGAUACAUUUGCUGAGGACAUGAGUCGAACUUGAAGCCUGUGCAAACGAAGGAACCGUAUGGUUUAUUAUCCAUCAUUCUCCGGAUCAUUUUUUUCAGGUCAGCUCAGUGCUGUUUUUCUAGACCCUUGUUCUCUUAUCAUGGCAGUGGUGCUCAUCUGAGCGUUGCUGGGACUGGAAAGGAGUCCUGAGUCCAAGUUAUGGGUGAAAUGGGUGUGACUGGCAGCUCCACCAGCUUGGGCAGUGGGUGUUACUAAAGGAGCACUGGAGGGCACCCAGCUCCUACCCUAAACCAUGCAGCUUGUCAAGACAACACCCCUUGGCUUGGCUUGGCUCCUGGGCGCCCUGUCUGCCUUUGCCCAUGGAGUAUCGCCCCAGGUGCCAGUGAAAGGAGAUGGCCUUGAUGUUGGCAGAAAGGGCAGGGAGUGUGGAUCGUGGUGCCAGGCAGCCACUCCACUGCCCUGGCGAGUGGUGGCACCCAGGACUAUGGGUGUCUCCCCUUUGGGGAGUGUUGCUCGGGCUUCCCUGCAGAAAGGGCAUUUAGCCAGAUCCAAGGCUACAGCUUUGGGGGACUGGGGUCCCUUGGAGAAUUAUGAUCGUGCCAGGGGCUGGACUGCAGCAGAAACUGGCCAACAAAGAACUCACCCACUGAAAGCCACACAUCAAUCCAAUGGCCCUUUGGAAGGAGGUGGCGAGAGCCAGCUGAAUAAAGACCUUUCUGUAGUCUUGGAGGUUGGGAGAUACUCUGAUCUCCCUGGGGCACAGGUACAGAAGAAGGAAAGCAGUAGAGACCCAGGAAGCAUUCGUUCCAAAAGGCAUACAAGAAGCAAGAGGGGAGCUGGGCAGCCCCAGGACGGAGGGAGAUCAGGAGAAGUCAAGGCUCUCGCAGAUAGUCUUGUAAGGAACUUCAGUGACUCAAUGGACAGCCAGAUGACUCCUUCUCCUGGGCCAGAAAAUGAUUUCCCCCAGGCGUUGCCUUUGAAUGGAUCCACAGCUGGCUCUUUCAGGAAUGGUACAUUCCGACCAGCCCGGGUCAAGAACCCUUUCUACCCGCUGACUGAGGAAUCAUAUGGUGCCUACGCAGUCAUGUGCCUGUCGAUAGUGAUCUUUGGCAUUGGGAUAAUGGGCAACAUGGCAGUGAUGUGCAUCGUGUGCCACAACUACUACAUGAGAAGCAUCUCCAACUCCUUGCUGGCCAACCUAGCCUUCUGGGAUUUUCUCAUCAUUUUUUUCUGCUUGCCUUUGGUAAUCUUUCAAGAGCUCACCAAAAAGUGGCUGCUGGAUGAUUUCUCUUGCAAAAUUGUACCGUACAUCGAGGUGGCGUCCCUUGGAGUAACUACCUUCACGUUAUGUGCCCUCUGCAUAGACCGUUUCCGUGCUGCCACGAACGUGCAGAUGUAUUAUGAGAUGAUUGAAAACUGUACGUCAACAACCGCCAAGCUGGCUGUUAUAUGGGUCGGGGCUCUGUUGCUGGCGCUCCCUGAGGUGGUUCUGCGCCAAUUGACUAAGGAGAACUCUGAAGCCAGUGGGAGCCCUCCUGUGGAAAGGUGUAUGGUGAAGAUCUCUCCCCACUUGCCUGACACCAUCUACGUUUUAGCCCUCACGUACGACGGUGCAAGGCUCUGGUGGUAUUUUGGCUGUUACUUUUGCUUGCCUACUCUCUUUACCAUUACUUGCUCUUUGGUGACGGCACGGAAAAUCCGAAAGGUGGAGAAGGCCUGUACGAGGGGAAACAAGCGACAAAUUCAGCUGGAAAGCCAGAUGAACUGCACGGUCGUGGCUCUGACCAUUUUAUAUGGUUUCUGCAUCAUUCCUGAAAACAUCUGCAAUAUUGUCACCGCCUACAUGUCCACGGGGGUGUCUCAGCAGACUAUGGACCUCCUGCACCUUAUUAGCCAGUUUCUGUUGUUCUUCAAAUCCUGUGUGACUCCGGUUCUCCUUUUCUGUCUUUGUAAACCAUUCAGCCGAGCCUUUAUGGAGUGUUGCUGUUGCUGCUGUGACGAGUGCAUCCAGAAAUCCUCAACCGUGACAAGUGAUGAUAAUGACAAUGAAUAUACUACAGAGCUUGAACUCUCUCCUUUCAGUACUAUACGUCGUGAGAUGUCCACAUUUGCCUCUGUUGGGACUCACUGUUAGCUCACCCUUUUGAUCAACACGCAGGUCCAACUUGCAAAAAUCUGUCGGGGUUGUUCUGUUGACUUCAGUGGGAUCCUGGGUUUUGCAAUUUGAUUUGAUUUCAACAUAGUUUAUGUUGAGAAACGAGAAGCAAAUGGAAGUCCUGUAAGGCCGACUGUAAACUGGUUUGCAUAUUAACAUAUUUGCUUUGAGAAAUAAGUUUUAAUCACUAAAAACAAAGACGUACUGCCAAUGUGGAGUUAUAAAUCAUUUCAUAUAUGGUGCUAGCGCUCUGUGUCUGAAGGGAAGGUAGAAGCCACUCCUAUGUAUCAUUUAAUUUAAUUUUCUGCUAGAUAUUAUUUUGGCUGCUAAAACAAAAAACUACAUUGAGAAUGAUCCAGCUUAUGGUAAGCGUUUCUGUUGUCCCAGGGAAUGGUGCAUGAAGCCAUCACCUUGGUGAAGCUAUGGAGGUCUGAUUCUAAGUCAGUUCCUGGAUGAACGACCGUGUGGGAACCAUACUUACGUUGCCUUCAGUUCCAUGUUGGAAAAAAGAUGGGAAAUAAAUGAAGGAGAGGAAGAAAUAAUGCUUGAAUCCUAAUCACAGUUAACCUAAGAACCUUCACUGAACACAGUGAAGUUGCUUGUGCGUAAUUGUGCAUAUGAUUCUGCAGUUGUGCCAUCGGUUCCCCUGUAGCAAUUAGUGGUCGACAAAUACUAAUAAUCCCAUUGAUUUCAGUGGGAGAAAAUGAAGCAUAUUCUUAAAUCUCCUUCAGGACUUGAAAUUGUUUAACAUAGGCUGAACCAGGCACAUUGUUUUCCCUAUCCCCCCCCCCAAAAAAAACCUAAGUUUUAUGGAAAUAUAUGGUUUGAAGUAUUUAAGAAUAGUUUGAAGCCCCUUUUAUGGGACAUUAAUUGGUUAUUUUAAAAAUAGUAUAAAAUACUUGAGUUUCAUACUUUGCUGAGCAGCUUUUUAACGGCUCUACCAAAUUAUUUCCACAAUGAGGAAAGCCGUCAUUUGUUUCUUUGCAUUAACUGCAAAACUGAAUGAGUCAUAAUUGCAUAGCACUCUUGGCGAUAACUUGUCUUGAUAGCAGAAGGCUGCUUCUCUCUUCCUAUAUGAGUAGCAAUUGUUUAUUUUUAUUUUAAAACAGCACUAGUGCAGACUAUAUUUACAAAUGUAUGCCUGGCUUCUUGGUGCCUGCCCUUCUCUGGAUACCUCUAGUUGCACAUUAUUGCACUGAAUUGGAAGUCAAGAGAUAUCUGCACAGUGGCUUCCCAAUCUUGUAUAUCUAAAGGAAAUAACCUGCGUUAUUAAAAUGAAUCCCAUAAUUUUUCAAUGUACAAUGUACAGUCAGAAGAUUUGAUAUUUCUACAAUGGGUAUUUCCUUUCUAACACAUAGAUGUAGACUAAGUUAUUAUGUUCUGUUCAAUCUAUGGAAUUUCCACUCCCGUCAGGGUGUAUUGCCUGUAAUUCCAUUAUUUUCUUUUUACAGUUUUUUUUUUUUUACACUAAGGGUAUGUCCUCAGUCUGUGUGUAUAAUUCCUGCUGUAAGUGAUGGUGGUGUUGUAGGGGGUGAGAUGUAAGAAUUUGCUACAGAAUUAGUGACAAUAAAUUUGAAGGCUUGCAA